CUAAGGCAUUACACGGCCGUGUACUGCUGGCCGUGCUUUUUAUGCCGAGAGCAAAUUCAGUUUGGCCAAUUCAACUGCAAACACGGGCACCGAAGCACGGCCGUGUUCCACCAAAGCACGGCCGUGUCCAACGCGAAGCACGGCCGUGUUUAACCCACUUGUUGGCCGUGUAAUUAAGCCCUGGCCGAGACACGGGCGGAGUCAGGCAAAGCACGGCCGUGCCCUCGACCGUGCUUUGGCCACUGAUGUUUUUAAGCAGAUUUCAGCCACAAUUCAAGGGGAUUCGAGUUUUUGAGAGAGAGAUCAGUUCCUAGAGAGAGAAAGUGAUGAGCAAGAGUUCCCAAGUGCCCUAGAUUGAUCUUCAACACCAUUGGAGGCCAGCUUGAGCUUGGAGAAGUGCCAAUCAACGUCCAGAAGCAGGAAUCCAUCCUUCGCAGUAUGAAUUCCGUGUCUGAAUCUGCUUUUGCUUUCUUCUCUAUGGAGUAGUUCUCCCAUUCAUCUGGGUAUGUAGAACCCUAGAUUUGUAUGUUAGGCUUUGAUUGUAUGAACCCAAGUACUGAUUCUAUGAUUGAUUAUAUUCGAUUGAGGUUUUAAUGAUUGAAUGACUUGAAUCCUGAUUAAAUUCCUGUUGUUUCUGCUUUGACCUAGAAUGAGAAUAUCUGCCUAGGUUAAUAGAGUAUCCUUGAUUGAAGGUAGGGAGUUGGUGACUUUAGUCGAGGAGCCAACUCACUAUUCUGUACCGGAUUUACUCCGGUAGUGGAGGUUUUGUUCUUAGGGCCUCAAUCUGUCUACUCCGGUGGAGGUUAGUCGCCCGCUAGAGAUUCAGAUUGAGAGGGUCUGAAGACCUUUAGUCGAGACUUCAGACUGUUUAAGAACCUUCCGCAGUAUAACUAUCAUAGAAACUGAACUUGGUAAUUACAAUCCGGCUUAACUGCAGUCUAGGGGGAACCAUAUCCGGGUGACCUCUCUUAACCUGAAUACAACAGUUUACUUGCUUUGUUAGUUUGUUAGUUUAGACUUGCAUUCCAGUUUCAUUGCUAGAUAACAAGAAUUCACUGAGUAGUCAUCACAUCUAGGACCCGGGUUGAUAAUUAAACCCAAACCCGCUAUACUACGCUUUAGGAAGUGGUUACACUUGGCCAAUUCCUGGAGUGACAGUAGAGUCGAGUCAGUCUAUUCCUAUUCCGACUCGUUUCUCGCAGGCACAGGGUAAUCCGUUGUAGGAUCGGGCUAUGGACGAUGAGAUUGAUGCGCUCCAUGCCAACCAUAGGUGGGAUUUCGUUCCCCGACCUCCGCCGAGGUUCCUAUUGUCGGUAGUAGGUGGGUAUAUACCCUCAAGAUUAAACCAGAUGGCACUCUUGAUAGAUCUAAGGCUCGCAUGGUUGCCCAGGGCUUCACUCUGGAGUAUGGUAAUGAUUUAACCGAGACCUUUGCUCCAGUUGCCAAGAUGGUUACCGUUCACUCCUUGUUGGCAGUUGCUUCUCUUCGCAGUUGGCCUCUCUAUCAGCUGGAUGUGAAGAACGCCUUCUUGCAUGGUGAUCUGCAGGAGACAGUUUACAUGGAAUGUCCCCCAGAUUAUGCUCUGGGUUCUCCUGAUAAGGUCUGUCUGCUUCGUCGCUCCUUUUAUGGUCUCAAACAGGCUCCUCGUGCCUGGUUUAGGAAGUUUCAACAUACGGUUCUUGAGCUUGGUUUUCAGCAGAGUCUUAAUGAUCUGUCCUUGUUCACUCGUCGUACAUCUCGUGGUCUGGUUGUUUUGAUACUUUAUGUCGAUGAUAUGUCGUUACUGGUGAUGAUCCGGAGGGUAUUGAGGCUCUGACUAGUGGUCUCCGCAGAUCUUUUAAUCUUAAGGAGCUUGGCGAGUUAUCAUACUUUCUUGGUCUGGAGGUUCAACAAGUUCGGGGAGGCAUUCUUCUUAAUCAGCGCAGGUAAAUUAUUGUUCUUCUUAACUCAGCUAAAUAUAGUGAUUGUAUCCGGUUUCCACUCCCAUGGAGACUAAUCUGAAGUUGGGACGUGAAUCUGGUGAAUUCUUACCUGACGGGGGGAGGCAAUAUCGCAGUAUUGUGGGUCCUUGAUAUAUUUGACUUCCACUCGUCCAGAUAUUGCGUAUGCAGUACAAAUUGUCAGCCAGUUUAUGUCAGCUCCUCGAACUGCUCACCUUGAUGCAGUGCAUAGACUGCUUUGUUACCUGCAGGGGACAAAGGAGAUUGGCUUGUUCUUGCCAUCGACCGGUAGCUUUCAACUCGAGGCUUUCUACGAUGCUGAUUAUGCUGGGUGUGUGGAUACUCGACGUUCUACUACAGCCUGGUGUAUUCGUCUCGGUGAUUCCUUUAUCUCUUGGCGGUGUAAGAAGCAAGAUAGAGUCUCCAAGUCUUCUACAGAGGCUGAGUAUCGAGCUAUGUCGGAUGUCACAUCAGAGCUAGAAUGGUUACAGCGCCUACUUGGUCAAUUGGGUGUCGACUGUCUGCUUCCUAUGCAGAUUUAUGUUGAUAACACUAGUGCGAUUCAGAUAGCUACUAAUCCGGUGCUCCAUGAUCGGACGAAGCAUAUAGAGGUUCAUCUGCACUAUAUUCGGGGCUUGGUCAGUGAUGGGACAGUUCGUCUCUCCUAUGUCACGUUAGAAGAUCAGAUUGCAGAUUUGUUGACUAAAGUAUUUACAGCCGGUCUUCAUUCUUAUCUUGCUGGCAAAUUGAUGAUGAGAAAUCUUCAUCAAUUUGGGGGAGGCUGUUGAGUUAUGGGUUUUGGCCCAUGCACGUAUGAUCAGGCCCAUACGUAGCAUAGGGGCUCUCGGCCUAUUAGGGUUAGGGAAGCCAAGUAUAUAUUUAUGUAUAUGCAUGUUAUUGUUGAGCAUAAUAAUAUACGAGACUCCGCUUCCUCCCGUGGACUAGUCUUGCUCACACCGAGCAAGGAAACCACGUUAAAUUCUGUGUCGUGUUCCAUUUCGAUCUUGUUCUUCGUUUCGUUUCUUCGUUUCGAUUAACACGUCAUAACAAAGAUGUUUGGCUCCAAAGCAUUUGAAUUUAAGUUCCAACUGUUGUAGUGUUGUUGUGUCAUUUUGGUGAUUUACAUUUCGGGCACUUUAGUUUGUUUAGUAGAACAUUUGAAUCAUAAACGUGGGUUGGUGCAAUUUGUUUGGCAACUUAAUGCUGAGUUUUAGUGAGGUGGUUAGCUGAAUUUUAGGGUUAGUUGGUCAAUAAACUUGUCAAUGUCCGUGAUUGAGUUUUACAUUGUGGUAUCAGAGUCCAAGCAAGUUGUAACAAAAGUUUGAGUAAUAUGAGAGAGUAUUUGAGAGAGAGAUCUGCAAAUUAGUAUAGAUAAGGGUUUGGGAAACACGAGUGUGAUCUUGUAGGGGUGGGCAACGGGACGGGACAGGAAACCCGUCCCGUUUGUAACGGGUACCCGGUCCCGUUUAGAGACCAAGGUUCAUCCCAUAUCCCAAACCCUUAAGGGUUAACGGGUACCCAUUACCCGUACGGGACGGAUAACGGGUACCCGUUAUACCUGUUUAUACCCGUUUGUACUUGAGGAAAAUAUAACAUCAAUAACUUGAGGCACAAUAUAUCUCCUGGAAAAAUAACAUUUACAAUGCUACAACCUGCUGCUGCUGCCCCAACAGUAGGUUAUGUACCUCUUAUGGUGCAUGUUUCUAUGGCUAUUCCAGAUAACAAUCUCCAGCAUCUACGGCUAACAACCAGCCGAACCCCCACAUAACUCAUCAGUCUUUCUUAGCUUCUCGAACAUAAAAACAAUUAAGCAAA